UGGAAGAGGAGAGAAGCAUCACACUAGCAAAAGCAAGAAAGUGAAAUUCUGUGAAGAAUGGAAAAGUUAUUUUGGCCAUGGCUGAUGCUGCUUGUGGCUACUGUCCCUGGGAAAGCUCUGGAUCUGAAUGGCACACGGGAGAUCGGUGGGACCUGGAAAGCUGCAGUUACUUUACCGUGUGCCUACGAACCCUCUCCUGGCUUCAGGGAGGAAAACGUCGUUUGGAAAUCCUCCCAGCAAGACCACGGCCCAAGGACCAUCUUCCGCCGAGAUGGUAGCUCUGGAGACCAGACACUCCUGGUGAGUUUCCAAGGCAGACUCAGCGUCCCGAAGCAACCUCCAGGAGACGUCUCCCUGAUCAUCAAAGACCUGGAGAUGACAGAUAGCGGACACUACACCUGUGAAGUCACCUGGCAGUCUGGAGACCAGAGCAUGAUAACCCAAGAGUGGACUACCACACUUAGGGUCAAGAAAGUUCCAGUGACCAAGCCAUUCGUCCGACUCAGUAGCGCGGGAUCCUUCGUGGUCUCGGGAACACGGCUCACCAUGACCUGUGUGGCCAGUGGCUCUCCACGCAUCACGUACCGAUGGUACAAAGAAAUGCCAGGAGGAAACAGACUGCUUGUGGAGGCUGCUAUACUUGACCUCGGCGUGGUGGGUCCACGUGAUGGUGCAAAAUACUACUGUGAGGCAGAAAACCGAAUUAGCACACAAGCAAGUAGGAGCGACCCUGUUCUGCUCACGGUGAUUGGUGAGGAAAAUCAUCCAGUAACUACUCAGGGGCCGGAGAUCAAGUGGGACACCACAAAGAAUCAGGCUGCAACUUCCUCAGUGUCUGGGAAUGCUUUGUCCAAGCAAGUUUCCCGGAGAGCCGUCCUGCCUCUCUACCUCAUCAUCCUGAUUGCGAUCCUCUGUGCUGUUGUGGUCUUUGCUGCUGUUUCUGUCAUUGCUUGCAGAAGACGGCCCAAGGACGGUCGCAUCUACCAAGUGACAUACAAUAACAGUUCCAGGCAAGUCAGAAGGGAAGAAGGCAGCUGGCUAGGACCCGUCAGGGCGUGUGAGUUUCCAUACGAGGCAUCCAGCCCGAGGGUUAAUAACAACUACACCACAGAGCCUACGAAUGGCAGCAUCUAUGUGCCAAUGGCUGGAAAGGAAAUCGAGAAUGAAUACGAGGCCCUGGUGUGCAAGAUGGAGUCGGAAUACGAGGUGGCCGAUGGCAAGUAGGGAGGGAGCUGCUGGUGCCACCCCAGGAGCCACAUGGCUCGUUUCGGAACUUCUGAAGUGACUUUGAAAGUGUAUCCCGAGAACUAGCUCGCAGCUCCUCCUUGUGCCUUUCAGGCACUGUGUCACCCUCAAACUCUUGGCUAGAAAAUGUGCAUUUAGUUUUUUGAAAGUACUCUAAUUUAUUUGCAUUCUGCUUGUCACGGACAGCAUGACCCAGGGCUGUGACACUUUGGUGCUGCACAGGUUUCAGCAUCUGCGCUCAUUCCUGGCUUCCAAGGUCUUAUUGCAGGCCUUCCAGGCUACCUUUGCAGGCUUAAGGGCUAGAAACCUGGCUUCCAAUUUCAGUUCUGAUCUCUGUGCUUAUGUGGCACUGGCACAGUUGUAGGCUUCUGUGAGUGGAUGCACCAACCAGUCUUUCACAGGACAUGGCAAAUGGAUUGUAAAGAGAAAGGGCAGGCUCUUUUCUGGAGGCUCUUUCCCACAAAUUAUUAUGCAAAGCAAAUGAGGGAGAAUAAACUGAGACUGAAUCUAGAUAAGAUGGAGGUGCUUAUUGUGCGGGGUCAGAACUCCAGAAACUAUUUUGAUCUCCCUGUUCUAGAAGGAGUCACACUUUCCCCAAAGGAACAGGUUCACAGUCUGGGAGUACUUCUGGAUCCACAGUUCCAAUCCACACCUCUCCCUGGUAUCUCAGGUUGAGGUAGUGGCCAGAGGGUCUUUCUAUCAGUUUCGGCUGAUACACCAGCUGCGUCCGUUUCUUGAGAUGAACAACUGCAAAACAGUGGUACAUCUAUCUGCUGGUAACCUCUAGGCUGGAUUACUGCAAUACGCUCUUUGUGGGGCUGCCUUUGUAUGUAGUCCAGAAACUCCAGUUGGUACAGAAUGUAGCGGCCAGGUUGGUCUCUGGGUCAUCUCGGAGAGGCCACAUCACUCCUUUGCUGAUGGAGCUACACUGGCUGCCAGUAGGUUUCCGGGGAAAAUACAAGGUGCUGUUUAUAACCUAUAAAGCCCCAAACAGCUUGGGCCCUGGGUAUUAUAAGAGAACAUUGUCUUCAUCAUGAACCCCACUGCCCACUGAGGUUGUCUGGAGAGGUCAGUCUGCAGUUGCCACCAGCUCAUCUGCUGGCUACUCAGGGAUGGGCCUUCUCCGUUGCUGUCCUGAGGCUUUGGAAUGCGCUCCCUACUGAAAUAAGAGCUUCCCCAUCUCUGGCAAUUUUUAAAAAGCAUUUGAAAACCCACCUCUUCACCCAAGCUUUGUCGGCUUUUUAAAUUUUUAGGUUUUAAUUUGUUUUGACUUUUAAAUUGUUUAAAUUGCUUUUAAGUUCUAUGUAUGUUUUAACGUGUUGUAUGUUAUUGUUAACUGCCCAGAGAUGGAAGUUUGGGGCGGUGUACAAAUGUGAUAGAUAAACAAAUAAAUAAAG